UACAGGAUGAAGUGUUGCUAUCAGUCAAACAUUAUAGAACAUUAGCACAACAGUAUUUAUUGUCGUGUUAGCUAGUUUGGUUUUAAUUCGUGCCUGGGACGGAUUGGGUUUAAAUGGCUAGUCUGUUGGCUAACUUUCAACCCGUCAUUUGAUCUCUUAAACAUUUCUUGGACCAAGCGUUUAUGCACUGCCGAAAAAUACGCGUUAAAACCAAGCACUAAGUGUAUCAGUUCUGCUUUUUAGAACCAACUCCAGAGGCGUCUGCUACGGAGAAAAGUUGAUCUCAAAACAAGUAAUUUAUGUAUCAUGAAGGAGAGCACUUACAGCUAGCUACAUUACCAUGGCAACAGAGCGCCGAUGAUACUUCAAUACACAAAGGAGUUUGGCUACAGUUUGACUAGUUUGACUACAUGAGUGCCGUACCUUGUUCUCUCUAAAUAUACAUUCAUCCCUUUGUCUUCUAUACCCAUUUUUCUCUUGCAAAGUCAUUGGGCAAGAGGCGGGUUACACCUUGGACAGGUCGCAAAACAACCAUGCAAACACACACUUAUACCUAAAGGCCGUUUAAAGUAACCCAUUAUGUUUGUGGACUAUGGGAGAGAGCCCACACAUGCACAAUGAGAACAUGCGAAUACCAUGGAGAAAGAAACCAGGCUGGGAUUCCAACCCAGAAAUAAAACGUUAAAAAAAAGAACCCAGGCAACAGUGCUACCAAGUAUCUAUCGAAGAUACAAUGCUUCAACGCUAGACAUUAGGAUUUAUGACCUUUUAAAGUAGGGCUGCACAACAUUAGCAAAUCUUGCAAUGGAGAUAAUCUUGGUAAAUAUUGCGAUGACAACAUCAGUUGCGAUAUAUGCCUAUUUUUCUCCUUCUUCAAUUUUUCGUUUUUGCUUCCAUCACUCUGUGACCUUGUCUGUGACCUUGAUGUCGUUUGUGUCCAGUGUGAGCAUCUGCUGCUGUGAGACACUGUCCGGCUGGCUAAAUAUUACAUUAGCACGUAUAAAACAAGUUCAUAACACUUGGAACAUAUUACUCAACUAUUAUUGCAUUCCAAACAUUCAUUUGUAAUAUGAAUAUUGUGCGUACUGAUUUUGUGAUGAUAAGUUAGUGUAAGACGAAGGACUUAAUGUAUGAAACUGGAGAAUAUGUUCUCACUGCUGAAUGUGAGCUGAAUUAUUAAGUUGUUUCAUUCUAAAGUUUUUCUAAAGUUAUUUUUAAAGUUCAGAUCUGAAGGGUUAGGAAAAAGGACUGUUUCUCUACUGUCUCGUGACACAAGUACUACCAUUUCUUUUAGGUUCAUUUGAUCAACAAGUGUCUCCUGAAGGAGAAGAUGUCUCAGAAAGAAACUGCUCUGCUUCCAUGCAUCAUCUCCCUACGCUCCGAUGAACAUAAGCAGAGUAUUCUGAGCAAAUUUGACAACCUACGUAAAAAAGACCUACUUUGUGACAUCACCCUUGUCGUAGAGGACGUACACUUCAAGGCCCACAAAGCUCUGCUGGCAGCAAGCAGUGAGUACUUCUCCCUCAUGUUCAGUGCAGAGCAACAUGUCCCUCGUUCCACUUACAGGCUGGACGGUAUGGCAGCGAAGAUGUUUGGUGCUGUGCUGGAGUUCAUUUACAACGCUCAGGUGUCUGUGGAGGAGAGCUCAAUGGAGCAGCUCCUGGCCACAGCUCACAGGGUAAAGGUCAGCGAGCUUGUUGAUGCUCUCACCGAACUCACAGACUCUACAAUGAAAAGCAUAAAGAAUGAGGAAAAAUCAGAGAGAGCUGAGGCGGCGGAUCUGUCAAAACGCAAACGAGGACGGCCAAAGAAAAAUGUGGGUGGACCCUGUGAAAACCCCGACAAAAUACAACCUGCACAGGGUGAACCUGCCAAAGAUAAAAUGGAUUAUAACAGUGGAUCUGACCAGAGACGUCACAGCAAACGCAAAAUAAGGACACCGGUUAAGUACAAGGGCUACAGAAUUGGCAGUGAUGGAGCAGGAAGCAAAGAGCCUGGGAAGAGGGGCUGCAAGAGGAAAUACCCGAACACCGAGGCACGAUGCGAGGACUGUGGGAAAGUGUUCAAGCACCAUCUCUUCUUAAAGAUUCACCAAAGAACUCACACAGGAGAGAAGCCAUUCCACUGCUCGGUUUGUGGGAGGAGCUUCACUCAGAAGCACACCCUGCUGGCUCACCAGCGCAUACACACUGGAGAAAAGCCGUUCGUUUGCAGCAUAUGCUCCAAAGCACUUUCCACCAAGCACUCCUUGCAAGAGCACAUGAACCUCCAUGAAGAGGAGAAAUCCUUUGACUGUGAUAAAUGUGGAAAGACCUUCACUCAGAAGAAGCAACUCAAAAGCCACUACAGAGUUCACACAGGUAAAUCUUUACCAGAAUGUGCUCAGUGUCAUCACAAGUUUAUGGAUGCAGCUCAACUGAAGAAGCACCUCAGAACUCACACGGGUGAGAAGCCUUUCACUUGUGAGAUUUGUGGCAAAUGUUUCACAGCCAAGAGCACACUGCAGACACACAUCCGAAUUCACAGAGGUGAGAAGCCAUACAAAUGUAACAUCUGUGAGAAGCCUUUCUCAGACCCCAGUGCGAGGCGACGCCACAUCGCCUCUCACUCUGGGAAGAAACCGUUCACCUGCUCCUUCUGCAGCCUUUCAUUUACCCGGCUGGACAACCUGAAAACACACACCAAAUCUCACAACAAGGAGAGACCUGUCGCAGCAGAGGCCUCAUCAGCCGCAGCGCAGGAGGAGACGCAGAACGUCUUACGGCUGCAGCAGUACCAGCCAGCCCUCAGCUCUGAGCAGGAGAUCCAGCUGGUGGUGGCUGAGGGUGUGAACAACCUUAACUUUGUUCCAAGUCAGGAUCAGGAGAUCCGCCUCAUCGCUGCAGAUGGAGGAACGGCACAGUCGGCCCACUCCAGGCUCACACUCCUCACCCAGCCGUCAGGACAGAUACAGAACCUGGCGCUGGUCUCUCAGGGUGAUACUGCGGCCCAGACGCCACAGAUUCAUUCCAUCAGCAUGCUGCAGAGCCACCAGUCAGAGCAGAUGCAUGUCAUCACCCUGAGUAAAGAAGCCAUGGACCACCUGCAGGCCAACCAUGGCCCUCCACAUCCUCUCCAGAUAGCCCGUCCCAUUCAGGUGACGCAGCAGCCGCUGCAGCAUCUGGCCGUCGCUCAGGAAAGUUCGCAGGGGUUAGUGAGUGGGCAGCAGCACAGCCAGGCCAUCCACAUCAGCAGCCAGGUUAGCCAGCCUAUCUCCAUCAGCCAGACCAGCGAGCAGAUCUCCAGCCACCACAUCCAGGGACAGACGUUCCAAAUCCAGGCUGGAACUGUGUCCUACCUGUACACCACUGGCCUCCCCCAGGACAGCUGAGAGGGCUGCAUGCUCCAAAACAAGGAUCUGAAGAUACUGAAGCCAAACUGAUGCUGCUGCUAUUGUACCUUUUAGUUAUGGAUGGAGACAUAAAGCUUAACGUGUAAAUUGUCAAUAUCUUGCAAAAAAAAAGUAGUUCUGUACAUUGUUUAUUUUUUAAUGAAUUAAAAAAAACAUUCUUACUUUUUAACUCAUUCUUCACUGAUAACGUGGAGAAAGCUAAUAUAUGAGAAGAUUAUUAUGUCAUCUGACCAGUUCUGCCUUAACACACAUUUGAGAUGAAAAAUGAAAUAUUAUUUUGCCCUACGACUUAAAAUGUUAUAUCUUUUAAGUUGUGAAUAUGCAGAUGUUUUAUCAGCUAAAGGCAGGUAUUUUGUAUAUUGUCAAGGGGCUGCUCUUGGUUUGCUUAUAAUAUGCAGGCUCUGUCAGUUCCUCAGUUGUAAACAUGCAGCAUGCUCUGAGGGCAAAUAAAUGUAUUAAAACAGUGAUGUUAGCAUCAGUGGAGUAUGGUGGUAGAACUUAGCAUAAAGCUUGUAUGGAAAAAUUUACACUUGUAAGAAAAGUAUCAUAUGUUGGGGUGGGUGAUAUGGACUUGAAACUUAAGGAUUUGUUUGUGUUAUCUAUUGUGAUAAUAAUAAAAAUUACAAUAAAAAACUAUUUACA